AUGACGGAGAAAACAAUACUGACCUAUAUUCAGCCCUUCUUCGGUGCGAUGGGUUGCACGUCAGCCAUCGUCUUCACCUGCUUCGGUGCCGCGUACGGAACCGCUAAGGCCGGUGUUGGUGUUUCCGCCAUGGGUGUCCUCCGUCCUGACCUGAUCGUUAAGAACAUUAUCCCCGUCGUCAUGGCUGGUAUUAUUGGUAUCUACGGUCUUGUCGUGUCUGUGCUCAUCUCGAACGACUUGAAGUCUGAUUCUUCGCUCUUUGCCAACUUCAUCCAACUCGGUGCCGGUCUGUCCGUCGGUCUCGCUGGUAUGGCUGCUGGUUUCGCUAUUGGAAUUGUCGGAGACGCUGGUGUACGAGGAACUGCCCAGCAGCCCCGUUUGUUCGUCGGAAUGAUCUUGAUUCUCAUUUUCGCUGAAGUCUUGGGUCUCUACGGCUUGAUUGUUGCUCUGCUCAUGAACUCCCGUACCAGCGACGCCCCCGCUUGCACUUAAGCGCCGCAUACAAGAUCGCAGUAAUUGACAACUUUGGAACUGCAAUCUUUGAGCAUGAUAUGGACACGUAUUUUUGAACGAUUCGGAAAUCUCGCACGACGCAUACAAGCCGUGCUGUAUGUCUAAAUUUGUGUAACUAAGGGGAAGUGGAGGAGGUUGCUGGCCUUGUGUAGCAAGGCAGAGGCUACGGAGCAAGUAGAUAAUGGGAUCAAAGGGUGGGUAAACGCGAUCCAUCUGUUUGCGUGUAUUCUAGGGCUUUUUCUCUUAUUGCGACAUUUUCUUAUUGCGAUCUGCUCUAGAAACGGAAUGCAUUAGUUCUCUUAUACGUUCUUGCAUCACGAGUGAGCAGUAAUAUGAGGCGCCGAUGAAUGUUUGAUAGUGUCGAGAAUGUGUACUGUAUGUAUGCGCAUACCUCCACUUUGAUAACAUGUAGGUACACUCAGUCC